CUGAUCCCAUAAAGCUGCACGAGAGAUCUUCUGAGCCAUGUCAGGACAGAAUCCGCACAUUCCGAAGUUCAUCAAAGAUGCACCUUGGUACGCAGCGUCCGGUGAUGAUGGUACCAAUGAUGACUAUUUAGCACAUCAUCGGUCUGGGAAAGAGUUCCAAAAGAACUCUGAACCACGUAUUGGAUCUGGGAUUCGUGACGACUUUGUUAGAGAAUCGAAUAAGGAGCCCACUCAUAGCGUGCUUACUGCCAGAAGACGGCUACGGAAGGCUAAAUGUACAACGUGCGGAUCUAUGACCCAUGAUAAGUCACAGUGUCUCGAAAAACCACAGAAGAAGAGGAUAGAUCGUGAGAACCUGGAGUUGGAUGAUGCCGGUAAAGGUAGAAGGAACGAGUCAUUAGAUUAUGACGGCAAAAGGGACAGAUGGUAUGGCUACGACGUGAAUGAGUACGAUGGGUAUGUUAAGAAAUGGGAGGCCAAGAAGCCAAAAGUCGCCGAUACAAGGGAUUUUGAUACGGAUGAGGAAAUCGAGCUGAAGGAGCUUGGAUUGUGUGAUGAAGAGGACCUUAAGGAACUCAAGUCUCUCAAGAAGAAGAGUAACAAUCUGGAACCCGGAGAGGUGGAAAAAGUGGUUAGACUACGUGAAGAUCGUGCUGUUUAUCUUCAAGAUGUGCGGAGUGAAUCUAUUAACUACGAUCCUAAAUCACGUAAAGUACGUGAUAAGGCAGUUAUGGAUGAUACCAAAAACCAGUUUGUCAAACAUCUCACUGGUGAUGCAGAAGAAUUUGAGGCCUCGAAGCAAUUUGCCUGGGAUGAUACCAAGAGAGGUGUUGAUGUUGACAAUUACGUCUCCAAUCCAACGUUAGCCGACCGUAAAAUGAGAACACAGUCAAAAGAGAAAGAGCUGAAAAGUUCUUCGUUGAAGAAGAAACUGCUGGGUGUCUAUGGAGAUAAGACGAUUAGUGGUGAUUCUUCAAGCGAGCAGAGGAACGCUGUAACCAUCGAUGACAGCACUAGUCAUUGUGACGACAACGACGAUGAUGAUGUGAAACGAUCCAAGUAUGCAGAAGAUGUAUACAUCAACAACCACACUAGUGUAUGGGGCAGUUUUUAUGAGAAAAAUGAGCAAGGUGGCUCCUGGGGAUACAAGUGCUGUAAAAGCACAGUGAAGGACAGUCUGUGUAAAUGAAUAAACGGUUAAUUGCACAAGUAUAUCUUGU